AUGUCUCCUUCAGUGGUCAAACCUAAAAGUCCUCCGCCUUAUCAACGGCCAAACCUCUACAUACAUGGCAUUGGCGCAGCCUACCCUCCACAUUCUGUAAAAGCAGAAGAGCUUUCUAUCAUAGCACGCCGCUUCCACCCAAGCACUCCAGCGCUCGAAAAAGUCCUCUAUAUCAACGAAUUCACCGGCAUUGAGACUCGCUCAACCAUCGCCACCAUUGAUCACCCUCUAGCAAACCGUCCUGAAGCGCCCAACAUCAGCGAGCUCAGCAAGGUUUUUCUCGACCACGGCGUAAGGCUAUCCGUCGAAGCAUGUCGUAAGGCAGUUGCAGAUUGGGGUGGUGACUUGUCUGAUCUUACUCACAUGGUGGCCGUGACGUGUACCAAUUCUGCAAACCCUGGUUAUGACCAUCACGUAGUCAAGCAGCUCGGUCUCAACACGAGCAUUGAAAAGGUACUCUUGCAUGGCGUUGGUUGUUCCGGUGGUUUGGCAGCUCUCCGAACGGCAGCAAAUAUCGCCCAAGGUGCAAGUUUUCGAAACCGGCCGGCCAGAAUCCUGGUACUUGCUUGCGAGAUCACCAGUUUGCUUGUAAGAUCAGAACUGGAAUCCAUUGCUCAAUUGCAGGAGACUAGAAUUGGCGUGACGUUAUUUAGCGAUUGUGCUUCAGCCGUCGUGCUUGGUAAUGGUUUUGGUGACGACCCAAUGGAAGAACCAAUACUAGAGCUGCUAGGCUGGGACCAUAGAAUAAUUGAUGACACUGAGGAUGACCUUGGUUUCGAUGUCGAUCCACUGGGUUGGAAGGUCAUUCUUACUCCUCGAGUACCGAAGCUCGCUUCUGCCUCCGUUGCGCCAGUCUUUACUGAUCUGGUCACCUCGAUACCUGAAUUGACCGAUGCUGACAAGGUGAACGCCACCGAUUUCGACUGGGCCUUGCAUCCCGGCGGAGCAACUGUCAUCACUGGAGUCGAGCAGGCCAUGGGCCUGACACCCGAGCAUCUCAGAGCGAGCUAUGACAUAUACAUGAACCACGGAAACAGCUCGAGCGCUACCGUCUUCGCUGUGAUCGAUCGGCUAUUAAGGAUGGGUGAAGGCAACCAGUACAUUACCAGUUGCGCAUUCGGUCCGGGUAUUGCCAUUGAGAUGAUGAUGCUAAAACGGUUGGGAAGCUCUCGAGCUGGCACAGAAAGCCCUGGCACAGCGAGCUUCGGUAGUGAAAGCCCUGCUGAGAUCAACGGAGAAGAGCUUCUUGACGUACCAGCGGUUGAUUAA